AUGGAGUCGACAAGAGGCCCUCCCAGGGUCAAAAACAAGGCACCUGCUCCCCAGCAGAUUUCGGCCGAGCAGCUGCUGCGGGAGGCUGUGGAUAGACAAGAGCCUGGUCUGCAAGCACCUACUCAACGCUUCGCCGAUCUCGAAGAACUCCAUGAAUUCCAGGGUCGGAAACGCAAGGAAUUCGAGGAUUACGUGCGGCGCAACAGAAUUAAUAUGAACAACUGGAUGCGGUAUGCGCAAUGGGAACUGGAACAGAAAGAAUUUCGCCGGGCAAGAUCGAUCUUUGAGCGGGCCCUGGAUGUGGAUAGCACGAGCGUGGUUUUAUGGAUUCGGUACAUCGAGGCAGAGAUGAAGAACAGAAACAUCAACCACGCCCGGAAUCUUUUGGACAGAGCAGUGACGAUUCUACCCAGAGUCGAUAAGCUUUGGUACAAGUAUGUCUACAUGGAAGAAACUCUUGGCAACGUCGCUGGAACACGACAGGUCUUCGAGAGAUGGAUGAGCUGGGAGCCGGACGAGGCUGCUUGGCUGGCUUACAUUAAGCUUGAGAAGAGAUAUGGAGAGUAUGACCGUGCGCGGGCAAUCUUCGAACGGUUUACUAUCGUACAUCCGGAACCACGAAACUGGAUCCGAUGGGCCAAAUUCGAAGAGGAGAAUGGUACAAGCCAACUGGUUCGUGAUGUUUUUGGCGUCGCGAUCGAGACUCUCGGUGACGACUUCAUGGAUGAGAAGGUUUUUAUAGCGUACGCUCGCUAUGAGGCCAAACUCAAGGAGUAUGAGCGAGCUCGCGCAAUCUACAAGUAUGCUUUGGACCGUUUGCCCCGCUCACGCUCAGAGGCACUGCAUAAAGCGUACACUCAAUUCGAGAAACAAUUCGGAAAUCGGGAGGGAGUGGAAGAUGUGAUCCUCGGGAAGCGCCGGGUACAUUAUGAAGAGCAGCUCAAGACCAAUCCUCGAAAUUAUGAUGUGUGGUUCAACCUUGCAGGUCUAGAAGAGACGGGGGGCGACGUCGAGCGGGUGCGAGACGUCUACGAACGAGCAAUUGCCCAAGUUCCGCCUUCACAGGAGAAACGUCACUGGCGAAGAUACAUUUAUCUAUGGAUCUUUUAUGCCGUAUGGGAGGAAGUGACAAACAACGACGUGGAGCGGGCGAGGCAAGUCUAUCAGGAAUGUCUGAAGUUGAUCCCGCACAAGAAAUGGACAUUUGCCAAAAUCUGGAUCAUGAAAGCGCAAUUCGAGGUGCGGCAAAUGCAGCUGACGGCGGCGAGGAAGACUCUGGGACAAGCCAUCGGCAUGUGUCCCAAGGACAAGUUGUUUCGGGGCUACAUUGAACUGGAGAAACAGUUAUAUGAAUUCGAGCGUUGCCGGACUCUGUUUGAAAAACAGAUCGAAUGGAACCCGUCAAAUAGCCAGGCAUGGAUCCAAUUUGCAGAGCUAGAGCGCGGACUGGACGAUCUGGAGCGAGCGAGGGCGAUUUUCGACCUGGGCAUUGAACAGCCUACCCUGGACAUGCCAGAGCUGGUUUGGAAGACAUACAUUGAUUUUGAGGAGUACGAAGAAGAAUACGACCGCGCCCGCGCCCUGUAUGAGCGGCUGCUGCAGAAGACGGAUCACGUCAAAGUUUGGAUUAACUACGCACGAUUUGAAAUCAACGUUCCCGAUCCCAGCGAGCCCGAGGCGGGCGAGGGCGAAGAACAAGUGGUCGGCGAAGAAGCUAAGAGACGGGCACGGAAGAUUUUUGAGCGGGCGCAUGACCUAUUCAAGUCGAAAGAGAUGAAAGAAGAGCGAGUGGACCUGUUGAACGCAUGGCGAUCAUUUGAGCAGACGCACGGGUCGGCCGAGGACAUUGAGAAGAUUGAGAAGCAGAUGCCUCGCAAGGUCAAGAAGAGGAGAAAGAUCGAGGAGGAUCGGUUCGAAGAGUACAUUGACUAUGUGUUCCCAGCCGACGACGAGAGUGCGGCUAAGAUGUCGAAACUGUUGCAGAUGGCACAUGCCUGGAAGUCGAAACAGCAGGCGGACGGGGGUGGGGAGUGA